AUGGCCCACCAGUUUCCAGCCCUCACUUCAGAACAGAAGAAGGCACUCGCAGAAACUGCCCGGCGCAUUGUUGCCAAUGGGAAGGGGAUCCUGGCUGCAGAUGAGUCCGUAGGCACCAUGGGGAAUCGCCUGCAAAGGAUCAAGGUGGAGAACACGGAAGAGAACCGCCGGCAGUUCCGCGAACUCCUCUUCACUGUGGACAGCUCCGUCAGCCAGAGCAUCGGGGGUGUGAUCCUCUUCCAUGAGACCCUCUACCAGAAGGACGGCCAGGGAAAGCUGUUCAGAGACAUCCUCAAGGAAAAAGGGAUCGUGGUGGGAAUCAAGUUAGACCAAGGAGUUGCUCCGCUUGCAGGAACAAACAAAGAAACCACCGUUCAAGGGCUUGAUGGCCUUUCUGAACGCUGUGCUCAGUAUAAGAAAGAUGGUGCUGACUUUGGGAAGUGGCGUGCUGUGCUGAAGAUUGACAACCAGUGUCCAUCCCAUCUCGCUAUCCAGGAAAACGCCAACACCCUCGCCCGCUAUGCCAGCAUCUGUCAGCAGAAUGGUCUGGUGCCCAUUGUUGAACCGGAGGUAAUUCCUGAUGGCAGCCAUGACAUGGAACACUGCCAGUAUGUUACUGAGAAGGUCCUGGCUGCUGUCUACAAGGCCUUGAAUGACCAUCACGUUUACUUGGAGGGCACCCUGUUGAAGCCCAACAUGGUGACUGCUGGACAUGCCUGCACCAAGAAGUAUGCUCCAGAGCAGGUGGCGAUGGCCACGGUUACAGCUCUCCACCGUACUGUUCCUGCAGCUGUUCCUGGCAUCUGCUUUUUGUCUGGUGGCAUGAGUGAAGAGGAUGCUACUCUCAACCUCAAUGCUAUCAACCUCUGCCCUCUACCAAAGCCCUGGAAGCUAAGUUUCUCUUACGGACGGGCCCUGCAGGCCAGUGCACUGGCUGCAUGGGGUGGCAAGGCUGAAAACAAGAAGGCAACGCAGGAGGCCUUUAUGAAGCGGGCCCUGGCUAACAGCCAGGCAGCCAAAGGACAGUAUGUUCACACGGGUUCUUCUGGCUCCACUUCCACCCAGUCGCUCUUCACUGCCAGCUAUACCUACUAG